CCUGUCAGAAUAAAUCCAUGUAAACAGCUGACAAAUUUUUCGUAUAGGCGAACAAAAAAUAGCUGAAAAUAUUAGUGCUUUACUUUAUUUGUUGCCUUUAUUGCAGAAAAAUUAGUCGUUCAUUGACCGUGAUAUAAAAUCAAAACUCAAUAUGCUAAGAUAAAAAAUUAUCGAGUCGAAAACAGAAACAAGUAUUAACCGGUUGCAGUAAUAAUUUCUAGUCAACAGUGUGCGGACUCACUCGACGAGCUGCUUUUCAUUAAAAUAUAUUAAAAGAUUUUAUCAAAAUUAACCUAAUUUAAGCCAUGAAUUAUGCGUGGAGUUAUUUCUUCGUUCUAAUAUGGUUGGCUUAUUUAGUUUCAUCGGGGGUCCUGCUUUUCUCCCGAGGUUUUCUGCUUUCACGUGUAUCCAAAACGGAUGUCAGCUCCUGUCAACGCCUAUCAUUAUAUGAAAAUGAUGAAUAUUUUUUAAGUGAGGAAAUUGUACAAGAAAUUUUCAAGGAUGUAAACGCUACUUCCAAUUUGUGUCUGCCUCAAAAGUCUAAAGUGAUUAUUUUGCUCAUUGACGCGCUAAAAUAUGAAUUCGGCCUUUAUAAGGAAAAUAUUACUAAUCCACUUCCUUACCAAAAUAAGCUAACAAUAAUGUAUGAUUUAAUACAAAGCUCUCCUGAAAAUGCACACCUUAUGCAAUUUAGAGCCGAUCCACCAACAACCACUUUACAACGUCUUAAAGGACUUACAACCGGUAGUUUACCCACAUUUGUUGACAUGGGUUCGAACUUCGCUUCUCCCGAAAUUAACGAGGACAAUAUUAUUGAUCAGCUAGUCGGACAUAACCUUCCCAUUGUGUUUUUGGGCGACAGCACCUGGACAGAUCUAUAUCCCAGACGAUUUAAGCGCGCUUAUUCCUAUCCUAGCUUCGACAUAUUCGAUUUAGAUACCGUCGACAACAAAAUUGAACAAUUUUUGCCAAAGGAACUGGGAAAGGAUGACUGGCAGGUUCUUAUUGCACACUUUUUGGGAGUUGAUCAUUGUGGCCACAAACACGGACCGUUGCAUGAAGAGAUGGGCCGUAAACUCAAUGAAAUGAAUGAGGUCAUAAAAUCAGUUAUUGCAAAAAUGGACAGUGAUACAACUUUGCUUGUGAUGGGUGAUCAUGGCAUGACGGCAUCUGGGGACCAUGGCGGUGAAACUGAUGAUGAAACUAAUGCGUUGUUAUUUGCCUAUACUAAAGGCAAUAAAUUCAUCGGAAGCGAAUUCGGUUCAGACAACACAACUAUGCAACAGAUCGACCUCGUGCCAACCUUAGCCACUAUAUUAGGCGUCCCCAUACCCUACUCAAAUUUGGGUUUAAUCAACUUCAAUAUCGUACCUGAUAUUAAGGUACCGUAUAUGAACAAGUUCCAGACCCUCUUACUUCAUGUCUGGCAAAAUGCGCAGCAGAUGUACGAGUACUUCUUCAACUACGCUUUGGAGAACAAGCGUACCUUCAGCGUUGAUGAAUUGGAGAACAUGCAUAACGAAUACAUAUUAUUCACACAUCGCGUCAAAACGGUGUACAAUGAAGCGGGCUUCAAAUCAUUUGUAGGCGAUCUAAAUGCGAAUAUGCGCCUAAUACUGAACACAUGCCGUGAAAUUUGGGUGAAAUUCGACGCUGUGCAAAUGUCCCAGGGGCUCUUGUUUACGGUGCUGCCAAUAUUCUUCGCAUUUGUGGUAAUCAACAAUUUAAACGCCCUUGAGCUCUACCGCAUAUUCACACCGAAGGCCGUGACAUAUACCUAUCUCGUGAAUAUUGCGGCAGGUUUCUUUGGCUAUCGCUAUUUCAAAAACUUCUCCUUCAAAUCGGAGGAUCAUGGCGUGAUAUUCUUUACCAACAUCAUCAGCACAUUUAUCCUCAUUUUUCACGCGUGUCAAAAUUGGCGUACAAUCGCCAACAAUUUGUCGUCGGUGAAGCGUUUCGGCAAUAUGCCAACUCGGAUUAUUUUCCUCAUCGCCGUCAGUGUAUUCUUCUCCAACAGCUUUAUCAUACAGGAACCGAAGAUCCUAUCAUACCUCUUGGUAGGAUCCAUUCUACUGCUCGCAUAUGAUAUUCUUCAGAAAUGUGUACGACUUGAGCUGAAUAGGCGCUUCAAAUGGUCACAACUUUUACGCUCCACCACCACGCAGUUGCUGCUGUACAGCGUAUUGGCCAUCAUUAUCAUUCGUUAUGCAUAUGCGCUCUUUCGUUGCAGAGAGGAACAGGGCAAUUGCGUCGAUUUCUCCAGUAAUGCUGAUGGUUUCUCGAUAAAACGUCCCGCAACCGCCAAAACCUACAUUUUAGCAGUUGUCAUCAUAGUACUGUACACAACGCUCUCACGUCUCUAUCUCAGGCACAGCGGUAGCUUAACCGGUGGCUCGCCCAACGUUUGGCUGGCACGUUAUGGGCCCACAAUCGCAUCGAUUUGCGCUGGCGGACAUUUGCUGCUCGCUCAUAGUGCUGUUAAGAAUGUGAAACGGACACACAUCGAUGCCAUGGCGCUGGUGAUUUACGGCCUCAUGCUGGUGCAGAUCGUUGUGCUAUGCGUCUCGCCAUUGUUGACCUUCUACGUGUUGCCCAACUUCAGUACGCUGAUUCAAAUUAGGCCGUGGGACAAUGUCAUACCGCAGAUAUUCAAGAAGAUCAAGCGCAUGUAUGAUGACGCGGAGGCGCGUGUGAAUCAAAUGGAUGCAAUGGUCUAUGGGCUGACCACCGUAUACUCCGCAGCCACGAUUGUGUUUGGACUGUUUCUGAGUAUGGUGCUGAUUGUCUUGCUCGAACCGCGUGCCACGAUCGGUAUGAUCUCGUGUAUAGCCAUCGCAGUGGUCGUCAUCUUGCUUCAUUCUACAUUACGUUUUCGAACGGCUGCGAAUCUAGCAAAUUGCAUACAGCCGACAUUCACCGGCAUAGUCAGUUGGUUUCUACUGGCACACUUUUGCUUCUUCGCCACGUCCCAUCAAACUACGCUCUCGCAGAUAGAUUGGCGAGCUGCUUUCGUGGGACGCACAAGUGGCCUGGGGAAAUCGCAUUUGAUUUCCGGCGUCUUGGUUAUAUUGAAUACAUUCUGCGGACAAGUCUUCUUUUUCUGUAUGUACAAUCUGCUCAGUUUGUUAACAUUCUCACUUUGCGCGCUUCAUCCAAAACUGAUAAAAAGCACAACUGCUGCAAACACGAAUGGCGGUCCAGCCGCAUCACCGCUCGAAGGAAUUGGAUUGGACAUGAUGCGCGGCGAAUUCUUGCUGUAUGAAAAUGAAGGCACCUUCCUUGCCAGCUCUUUUAAGCUCGCAGUGCAGUUUUUAAUACUCCAAGGGAUUAGGGUGUUCUGUGCGAUGCUAGCGUGCACCAUUCACUGUCGUCAUCUGAUGGUGUGGAAGAUUUUCGCGCCGCGCUUCAUUUACGAGGGCAUCGGAACGUUUGUCAGCCUGGCGGCUCUGAUUGUUGGUUACUUCGUUAUUCUGCGAAUUAAUCGCGCUUUAGAACGUUUAAUUUUCAAGGCGAACAACUUGAAAUUAGAUUAAUAUGAAUUUUACAAAUGUACGCUGUUUUGUAAAUACUCGGUUUAUGAUUUUACCCGCCUUAGCCUCAGCGAUAUUCAGCAGGCAUAUUUUGUGUUGUGUUUUGUUUGUAUGCUUUACAAUAGUAUUGAUAUUUUAUAUUAAAGUUAUUUAUUUGAAACGAA